AUUAAAGCAAUUAAAUCUUUCUCCAUUUUUAUAAUUUGGUUCCACAGAAAUUAAACCAAAAUUAUUUUUUUCUUGUAUGAAAAGCAAUUGAAACAACAGUCUAUCUAACUCUAACUGAAAAAACAAACUGAUCCUUCGGAGCCCAAUCUUUUUACCCGCGAAUCAAUCAACACAUUUUUGUUUGGAGAGCACGAAAUCAAUCGACCACAUUUCACCAGAAUUCCUCUUCUUCCUUCUUUCUCUCUCCUCUGACUCAAAACACUCAAUUUUUUUUAAUCUAGGGUUUUCAAUUUCUCAAUUUCCAGCUCAAUUCAAUCAGCUCUGCAACAAUGGCGGAAGAAGACGAACAACCGCAAUCGCCGCCACAAAAAGCUUCAUCGUUAGGGCAAACACUUAUACCAGUGGUGAACAAGCUUCAAGAUAUCUGCUCACAAUCUGGUGUUUCGAUUCCGAUCAAUUUGCCGCAAGUUGCGGUUGUCGGAAGUCAAAGUAGUGGCAAAUCGAGCGUUAUUGAAGCUCUUGUUGGCCGUGAUUUUCUUCCUAGAGGUCCUGAUGUUGUUACUCGGAGACCGCUUAUGUUGCAUCUUAUUCAAACUAAGGUUAAUAAUGGCGGUGGUGAUGGUGGUGGCGAAGUGGAGUACGGCGAGUUCUUGCAUUUUCCUGGCAGGAAGUUCUAUGAUUUCUCUGAAAUUCGAAAUGAAAUUCAGGCCGAAACUGAAAGGGAGGCAGGAGGCAAUAGGGGCAUCUCAGAGAAAACAAUUAGUUUAAAAAUCUACUCUCCCAAUGUUCUUGACAUCACUUUGAUAGAUUUGCCUGGAAUAACAAGAGUUCCAGUUGGUGACCAGCCUUCUGAUAUCGAGGCACGAAUCCGCACAAUGAUAAUGAAAUAUAUACGACAUCCUAGCUGCCUGAUAUUGGCUGUUACCCCAGCAAACUCUGAUUUAGCCAAUUCUGAUGCUCUUCAAAUAGCAGGGAAUGCUGAUCCUGAUGGGAAGCGGACUAUCGGUGUCAUUACAAAGUUGGAUAUCAUGGAUAGGGGUACUGAUGCCCGUAAUUUAUUGCUCGGGAAAGUUAUUCCUCUUCAACUUGGUUAUGUAGGAGUGGUUAACCGCAGCCAAGAGGACAUUAUGCGCAAUCGCAGCAUAAAGGAUGCCCUGGCAGCCGAAGAGAGAUUUUUCCGCUCCCAUCCUGAAUAUGUUAAUCUAGCCGAUCGUUGUGGUGUUCCACAAUUAGCAAAGAAGUUGAACCAGAUUUUGGUCCAACAUAUCAGAGAAUGUCUUCCGGCAUUAAAGUCAGCGAUAAGCUCACAGCUGGUCACUGUGACAAAGGAAUAUGCAAGCUAUGGAGAGACUCCUGAUACAAGAGCUGGCCAGGGAACUCUCCUGCUUAACAUCCUGUCCAAAUAUUCUGAAGCAUUUUCUUCUUUGGUGGAGGGGAAAAGUGAAGAAAUUUCAACCUCUGAGCUGUCUGGUGGUGCACGAAUUCAUUAUAUUUUCCAGUGUAUCUUUGUAAAGAGUCUGGAGGAUGUCGAUCCAUGUGAUGGAUUGCCAGAUGAAGAUAUUCGAACUGCGAUUCAUAAUGCAAGGGGUCCAAGAUCUGCUGUGUUUGCUGCAGAGGUUCCUUUUGAAGUUCUUGUCCGAAGACAAAUAGGCCGCCUAUCAGACCCUAGCAUACAGUGUGCUCAGUUUAUUUACAACGAAUUAGUAAAGAUGAGCCAUUCAUCCAUGGUUAAUGAGCUGCAACGUUACCCUGUCCUCAGAAAACGGGUCGAUGAGGUUGUGGGAAGAUUUUUGCGGGAAAACCUUAACCCUGCAGAGAGCAUUAUAAGACACCUCAUUGAAAUGGAGAUGGACUACAUAAACACUUCCCACCCAAACUUUAUUGGUGGAAGCAGAGCACUAGAAAUGGCUCAUCAGCAAAUUAGGUCAUCAAUGGUAGUUGUACCAGUGUCUAGACAAAGGGAUACUGGUGAAUCUGACACGACUCAAGGUUCUGAAAGGAGUUCAAGAUCUAGAGCUAUUGUGAGGUCACCGGCAAAUGGCUUUAUUAAGCCACCAGCCAAUGGAGUGAUAUCGGAUCAGGGAGUUCGAGCAAAUACAGAAGCAGAUAGAAAUCGGCCUACUGGUAGCUCCAUCUGGGGUAUUUCAUCCAUCUUCAGUGGGACUGAGAACCAACCUUCUACUCGUGAGGCUCCUAAAAGUAUUGCGCAAAGGGAACCUGCAUACAACAUUGAUCAUGCCCCUUCUACCAUUCAGCUGCGAGAGCCUCCUACAAUUUUGAGAUCUUCGGAGACUCUUUCAGAGCAAGAAGCUACAGAGAUAGCUGCUACUAAAUUGUUAUUAUCAUCUUACUUUGACAUUGUGAGGAAAAUUAUUGAGGAUUCAGUGCCCAAGGCUAUCAUGCACUUUUUGGUCAAUCACACAAAACGUGAGCUGCACAAUGUUUUAAUUCAAAAACUUUACAGAGAAAAACUAUUCGAAGAGAUGCUGCAGGAACCUGGAGAAGUGUCAGCUAAGAGAAAACACGCUCGAGAGACACUCCGAGUUCUUCAACAGGCUUUUCAGACAUUGGAUGAAUUACCUCUUGAAGCUGAGACGAUUGAAAGAGGAUAUAGUUUGGGUACCGACUCAAUUGGGUUACCAAGGACUCACGGGUUACCACCUACAUCCUCUUAUAACAUGAAUAUCUAUUGACAAGUUAAUGUUUGUUCCAAUGAUCUGGAUUGAUGGUUUUCUCACCACUGUCAGUGUCAGUUCUCAAUGCUCCUAUAUGCUAUAGAGCUGGAGCAAAUCAUUCAUUAAUACGCACAAAAAAUCGCGCCGCCUUUUUGAGCUCAUAAAGUUGUGAAUCCCAGGUUCUCUUGAGGAGCCUUGACAAGCAAGAACACGUUGCCCCUGUCGAAUCAUAGGUCCUCGGUACAUAUUGAUUUUUUUUGUUAUUUUACAAUUCAUAAGUGAAAGGGGAAAUAAUAAGUUGUAAUUUUUGAUAAAUGAUCGAUUAAUGUGUUUUCUAUAGCUUCAAUCAUUCUAUUACGAAUAUAUUAUGGCAAAUGCAACUAUACUACCUGUGAUUCUUUUUCUU